AUGUCUGAAAAGACGUGGAGUCUGACCUCCUCCUGCUCCUGUCUGCUCUGUCUCCUCCGUCGGAGCUGCAGCCGAGUGGUCGCGCUUCUUCUCAAACCUGCUUUGGUUCCAGAGGAGGAAACGAAGCAGAAGCACCAGGGCUACCACUUAGAACGUGAAGCGUUCAUGGAGCCCCAGAAUCGAACAGGUAUCUCUGAAUUCUUCCUCUUGGGCUUCUCUAAGGAUCCAGGACUUCAGCCCCUCCUUUUUGGGAUGUUUCUGACAACCUCUCUCAGGUACAUGGAGCCACAGAAUCUAACAGGCGUCUCAGAAUUCCUCCUUCUAGGCUUUUCUGAGGAUCUAGAACUGCAGCCUCUACUCUUUGGGCUGUUCUUGUCCAUAUACUUGAUCACUGUGGUUGGGAACCUGCUCAUCAUCCUGGCUGUCAGCUCUGACCCCCACCUGCACACCCCCAUGUACUGCUUCCUCUCCAACCUGUCCUUGGCUGACAUUGGUUUCAUAACCACCACAGUCCCCAAGAUGCUCAUGAACAUCCGGGCACAGAACGAAUCAAUCACUUAUGCCAACUGCCUCGCACAAGUGUACUUUUUCUAUCUCUUUGGAUGUCUGGACGAUCUCUUACUCACUGUGAUGGCUUAUGACCGUCUUGUGGCCAUCUGUUACCCUCUGCACUACACAGUCAUCAUGAACCCCCGCCUCUGUGGCUUGCUAGUUUUGGUAUCAUUUUUCAUCAGCCUUUUGUACUCCCAGUUCCACCUUUCAUUGGUGUCACAGAUUACCUUUUGUACAGACGCUGAAAUCCCUAGUUUCUUCUGUGACUCUUCCCAACUCUUUAACAUUGCCUGUUCUGACACCUCCACCAAUAUCAUCUUAGCAUAUUGUAUCGGUGCCAUCUUUGGCGGUGUCUCAGUCUCAGGGAUCCUUUUCUCAUAUAUGAGAAUUGUUUCCUCAAUUCUGAGAGUCUCAUCUUCAGGUGGGAAGUAUAAAGCUUUUUCUACCUGUGGAUCUCACCUGUCAGUCAUUUGCUUAUUUUUUGGAACAGUCUUUGUGUAA